GCAACGACCAACAUAGGAUUCCCCGCGAAUGGUUUCUGCUCGAAAGGAUGAUAAAUCCGAUGCGGGUGAGGCAAUGCUGGACCGCAUCUUAGAGGACCUGCGCCUUCGUGUCUUCCAGGACUCGAAGGGAGCUCCGACGGAUGGGGAUCCUCGCUCCCAGACCAUCUUCGAGCGCAUGGCCGAGAAGCUCCUGGAGGGGCCAAGCAGAGCUGAGAUUGCAGAAGCGAAAGCAGGCCAAAGGCUGCCUAGCACGUGGACAAGGCAAUGGAAAGCAUACGUCGCCAAGUGCCUGGCGAGCAUUGACAGGCGAUCAGAAUUAAGGGACGGGAACAACCAGCCGCGCGUCACCAGAGUGUACAACAAGAUUCAUGCGCUGCAGCAUGUGGAGCUUGCUGACUGGCAAGGCCGACCCAGAGCUCGCAUUGUGUUCAAUGGCGCCGACGUGGUCGAAGUGCUGCUGACAGACCUACGGGGCAAGCAGGAAAGGCACACGCAGCAAAGCUUUGCCCUUUCCGCAAAGGCUUGCCCGAAGGAGAGCUUUCAGAGAGCAAGGCUUGCUUGCGUGCCCCUGUUGGAUGCUGCCCGAGCUGAGGGAGUUGUACAGAGCUUGGAGGAGCUGUGUCGCGAAGUCUUUCCAAGACUGGACAUGCUGUUUAAACGUGAGCUCGACGAGGGGCGUCAAUUCGUUCCUUGCGCGGAGGAUCUUGAGGAGAUGAGCUUUGAGGUCCUGCUGGAUGAGCUGGAGAAGCUCAUUUCCCAAGGCUAGCCAUAGGGGGUGGCAGAGCGUUUGCCACGUGGCGCUCUAAUACAGAGAGCCUGGGGAGGAAACAAGUGCAGCAUUGACUGACAUGCCGUGUCAUUCCAU